GGCUGCCAUAAUUAAAAAAAAUAGUUAAUGAACUGAGAAAAUAUAACUCGCUUCGCUGAUUUAUUUUAUACAUAUACUUAUUUGAUGUAUUACGAGCAGUAAUAGUAGUGCUAUUUACAUAAUUCCAAUGACUUUAAAGAAUAUUGCUAGAUUAAGAAAGUAAUGGUUGAUUGUCACCGUGCUGAGCAAGGGGCACGAUGGCAAGGCGAAAGAAGGCAGCAGCAAAGCCCGCGACGCGGCGGAUGCCUCGGCGGGGAAAGGCAGCGGCUGCGGCCGCGGCCGUGGAAGGCGAGUCGUCCGCCGUUGAGCCUCCUCCUGAAAAGCCCUCCGAGCUAGAGCCGCCUGUCGAACCAACACCCGUUGAACCGACGCCCGUCACUGACUCCCAACCAUCUGUCUCCCAAGACUCGCAAACUAAUCAGACACCAAAACCAACAGUACCCACUGUCGUAGUUCACAAGAAAUUCGGCAAAUAUCGCUGCCUCUUCAACAACGAGGAUUCAUUUACUAGAAGAUAUGACUUAGGAAGUGAUAGUGAAACUAACAGUAGUGUCGAAAUCAGGGUUGUUGACCCCUGUGCUAGCUCAGAAUCUGAUUCAAAUACAGCAGCAGAUACACAGACAGAAAACUGUGGUGUAGUGACAAAUUUUAGUUCUUUGAACAAUGUCAAUCACCAGAUAAACAUAAAUAACACAAAUAUGUCAGCAGCAAUACAAACAAAUUCUGUACUUCCGAUAGCAAAUGAAAUACCAAUGCCAAGUGAAGCCCCUUUGACUGAACUACCUCUAACUUCUGAAAUACCUCUACCUAUUGAACCGCCUAUAGCUUCCGAAGAACCUGUACUAUAUAAGACAUCUGAGCAUAGUGAAAUGUUAUCUGAAUCAACACCAAUUGGGGAAAACGAAAAUUUACUAGCUGGCAUCUCAUUGCCGUCUGAAAUUCCCCUACCAGUAGGACCACCAAGUUCAUCAGAACCUUUUGUAAUUGAACCAUCUUUGACUUCAGAAAUUCCAUUUCCUGCAGAGCCGACUCAAGCUAGCAUACCAUAUCCAUCAGAUUCAGAUGCAAUACCAGGCUUGAUAUUGGCGACGGGAGUUCCUCUACCAGUUGGCAUUCCACUGUUGAAUGAUAUACCAAUGCCUGAAGCACCAGCAACUGACAGCACUUUGAAUCAUGUACCGGAAGCAGCUACCUUAGAAACAGCCUUAGAAACAAAUACAGAAGUAACAUAUAAUCAGACUGAUGAAUAUCCAAAUACAGUAAAUAAAGAGAACAUGAACCUAGACAUUCCAGGUGAACAGGAACCAAUGGAGUAUGGUGCUGAUGAUGAAGAGCUCAUAACCAUUGUUCAGAUUGUUGAAGAUGACAACCAAGAGCUGUACUACAACAUCAAGAUGGACAGUCCAGAUGACACAACAGAAAAGAAAGAACAGGAUGGAGAGUUUCAAAAACACUUUGAAAAACUCAACAUUACUGCUCAUAAUGCUGUUUCUAUGGACUGUUCUCAACCUGGGUCUAAAGUACAAAUGCCUGAGCACUUAUCUAGACCAGACCCAAGUCUAACUCCCAGCUCCAUUGUAUCUGAUGACAGUAACUCUUCAAGAGUUGCUGAAACAGCUGUAAAUGCAACUGAGUCAACAGAAUCUUCCCCUACGGGAGUUAGACGCUCAAAUAGAAUAAAGACUAUUAGUAGUCAAAAACAAAAAUCAAAAGGCUAUGGAUUAGUAAAGACUCCAUUAAAGAAAGCUUUAAUCACGCAAACAAAGCUUAAGCUUGAAGAGAACAACUCAGAUAGUCAGGAAAAAUCAGGAGAUACAGCAACUAGCAUUGCUCCCAAUUCUCCUUCAUUCCCAGUGCCUUCAGAUCUGCCUGUCAAAGUGAAAUCAAGAUGGCGUCGGUCCAGUGAGCUAGAAAUGGGCGCCAAUUCUCCAGCAAACUCACCAUUGGCUAGCCCUAGUCUGCCUCAACGGUUGCAACCAGUACCUGAAGCUCAAAACCCAGAAGACCAAACACACACAUUAACUAAAGAAGCAUAUGACAAAAUUAUAGAUGAGAGAAUGAGACAAUUUCAGCACUUGGAUGAGAAUGAGUAUUUGUGUGAGCGAAUGAUCAGUAAGGAUACAAAGAAGAUGAUUUGCGACUGUUUUAUGACCAAAGAGGAGAUUGAGAGGGGAGAGCUAGGCUGUGGAGAAGACUGUCUUAAUAGACUGCUUAUGAUUGAAUGUAACUCCCGAUGUCCUGUGGGCGACCGGUGUACAAACAGAAGGUUCGAGAAGCGAGAGAAUGGGGCGCUGAAAGUGUUCUACGCUGACAAGAAGGGUUGCGGUGUGGAGGCCGCUGAUGACAUUACGGCAGGCGAAUUCCUCAUGGAAUACGUAGGCGAAGUGCUAGACUACGACCAAUUCUACAAGCGCGCACAGACCUAUUCUGAUGAGAACAACCUUCACCACUACUUCAUGUCCCUAAAAGGAGACACGGUCAUCGACGCGACGAUGAAAGGCAACAUAUCCCGGUUCAUCAACCAUUCCUGCGACCCGAACGCUGAAACGCAGAAGUGGACCGUGAACGGGGAGCUCAGAAUAGGGUUCUUCAGUAAGAGAGAUAUCGGCGUUGGGGAGGAGAUCACGUUUGAUUACCAGUUCAAACGGUUUGGAAAAGAGGCGCAGCGCUGCUACUGCGGGGCCGACGCCUGUCGCGGGUGGAUCGGCGCUGAACCCGACUCAGACGACGAAGAUGAAGAGGAGGAGGAAGACGACGUGUCAACAACGAAGGUUCCAGAAGCGGUGUCGGUGGAGGCGCCGGCCGCCGUGCUGGAGGCGCCGCGCCCGCGCCCGCGCCGGCCCCGCCGCGACCGCGUCUACAAGCCCAACCAAGAACUGGUGCAGGAUGCCGACAUUGAAGAAGACCUGGAAGCGUUGCACCGCACCGGGGUGAAGAACCAGAGCCACACGCUGCGCCUGUCGCGUACAGUCGUCCGCGCAAAGACACGCCGUGCGCAGGUCGCACUACUGCGGCUGCUACGCGACGCGGACCUGCCGUGUCGCCGCCUGUUCCUCGACUACCGCGGCCUGAGGCUGCUGGCGCCCUGGUGUACCGACGCUCCCAUGGACUUCAGACUCGAGAUGCUACAGACAGUGGAUCGGCUGCCAAUAACGAACAAGACCAUGGUCUCUGAGAGCCGAUUCUUCACCAUUGUCGAGCGCUGGCUCAGCGACACUCCCACUCCUGAUGUCUUCAUUGAUGAAUCCACAGGUUUGCCAGUAGAACUGACCAACAAACCGCAAGACGACAGUACAGAUGUCAGCUCAGUGUUGGAAAACUUGGAAAAAGUCAAAGAUCUAUGUAGUCAGUUACUGGAAAGAUGGUCCAGCUUAAAGGAGGCCUUCAAAAUACCCAAAAAGGAGCGCAUUCAACAAAUGAAAGAGCACGAACGCCAAGCCAACGUCGAGCGACGCGCCGCAGACUCGAGCGGUUCCCGCGACCGCGACCGCGAGCGGCGGGACGAACGCGACCGCGACCGUGAGCGCGAACGCGACCGAGACCGCGAGAGGGACCGCGAGCGGGAACGUGAAAGAGAGAGGGAUCGGUAUCGGGAACGAGAGCGUGACAGAGACAGGGAAAGGGAUGAACGGGACAGAAGAAAAAGGAGAACCAGUCCAGACGCUAGGAGAAGUAUAAGGAGCAGUCGAGUGUUAGCCACAGUACCGCCAAUGAGCAAAGAAGAACGGCGGCGAGCUUUUGCCGAAGCGGCCGCCGCGGCCGAGGACUCACGCCGACAACGGGAACAGCACUAUGCUCACUACUGGCCCGAGCAGGCCUUCCCACAGAAGAACGGCGACGAGCGUUCGCCGAAGCGGCCGCCGCGGCCGAGGACUCACGCCGACAACGGGAACAGUACUAUGCGCACUACUGGCCCGAGCAGGCCUUCCCACAGUCUUGCUGUGAUGGGUGUGAUACUGUCAAUGAGCAAAGAAGAACGGCGACGAGCGUUCGCCGAAGCGGCCGCCGCGGCCGAGGACUCACGCCGACAACGGGAACAGCACUAUGCUCACUACUGGCCCGAGCAGGCCUUCCCACAGAAGAACGGCGACGAGCGUUCGCCGAAGCGGCCGCCGCGGCCGAGGACUCACGCCGACAACGGGAACAGUACUAUGCGCACUACUGGCCCGAGCAGGCCUUCCCACAGUCUUGCUGUGAUGGGUGUGAUACUGUCAAUGAGCAAAGAAGAACGGCGGCGAGCGUUCGCCGAAGCGGCCGCCGCGGCCGAGGACUCGCGCCGACAACGGGAACAGCACUAUGCUCACUACUGGCCCGAGCAGGCCUUCCCUCAGAUGUUCCCACCCGGAAUGAUGGGCGCACCGCCCAACAUGCUCCCGGGCAUGCCGCCGGGAAUGCCCCCGGGGAUGGGCGGGAUGCCGCCGGGGAUGCCCGGGAUGCCCGGGAUGGUCCCGGGCAUGGACGUGCCCGCGGAGUGGCUGGGGCCGGCGGGCGAGUUCCAGGGCCCGCCGGGCUUCUGUCCGCCGUUUGGAGGCCCGCAGCAGUUCUGCAUGCCGCAACCUAACGGCAUACGGGUGCUCGAGUCACCUACUGGGAAGAGUAUAAUGGGCAUGGGCGGGUAUGGGAUGCCCGGCUUCAUGUUCGGGCAGCAGAUGCCGCCCAACGCCUUCCCGGCCACACCGCAAACUGAACCCAUGAUGCCACAGGUAGCCGAGCAACCGCCUGAGGAAGUGAUCCUGCCGUCGCACUGGCGCUCGGCGCUGGACGCGCGCGGGCGCACCUACUACUACCACGUGAAGCUGCGCCAGCCGCAGUGGCUGCCGCCGCCGCCGCCCACAACCAAUGGAGACGACAGUUCAUCAGAGGAGGAAGCCGAGAUACCCGCCGACACGCCGGCCGUGAGGCGGCCCGGCAAGGUGGUCGAAGGAGUCAACGGAAUCAUUUAUGAAGUGGUUAAAGAGAAUCCUCACAACGGCUUGAUUCCCGAUCACGCGCUGGUGAGCGUCAAGCCGAGGAAGCGGCGCCCGGGGCUGGUCUCUGAGCGGCCCAUCAGUCCCCGAACGGAGGAGGACAAGCUAGCCGGGAGACUAGAGGUGAAGCGCUACAAGCAGACUAAGGAGAAGCUCCGGCGGCGCCGCGAGAAGUUGCUGCACAAGGUGCGCCAGCUGGCGCAGCGGUCCAGGAAACCCAACGUCGACGAACUCAAGAUCGUGGACCUCGCCGAAUCCGAAUCAGACUCCGAAGCCUCAGUUGAAGAGACCGAGCCAGCGCCGGUACCGGUACCGAUACCGGUGGCCGUGGUCGAGCCCGAACCCGUACCCGUACCCGUACCGGUUCCAUCUCCCCCCGUGGACGCCGAGGAAGCCGCGAGGAAACUCAAGGAACAGUUCCGGAGUAGCAUGGCGAGGGUUAUGGUGCACCAUCUUAACCCGUACCGGCAUUCGGACGCGCCCGCUGGUCGAAUUACUUGCACGGCUGACUUCAAACAUCUGGCUAGAAAGCUAACCCACUUCGUGAUGCUAAAGGAACUCAAGCACUGCCGCUCCGUGGACGAGCUGGUGGUGACGGACUCGGUGCGCUCCAAGGCCAAGGAGUUCGUGCGGAAGUACAUGGCCAAGUUCGGCAAGGUGUACCGCCGCCCCGCCGAGGAGGCCGACUAGCGCAAGCAGGGGCCCAGGGCCCCGGGAAUAAACCGGACUACUAUAAGCGCGGUACUGUAAGCGCCACUUGCACCAUCCCACUAACCCGGGGUUAAGCGGU